AUGUCUGCACGUGUGUCCAGUAUGGCCAGAUGUGAGAUGGCCAUGGUGCGAAUGGGCGAGAAACUGUGCGUUGGUGGUGAAAACGAGUGGAAAUGUAUCUUUCUGACACCAUACAAUUGCCGAAUUCCCACGCUCGACAAAGGCAAGUCCGUUUGUGCUUGCCGCCGAAAGCCUGCCGUUACCAUCGCGAGCCGUCGUCGAGGGGGACCGAGCUCGAGUCGCCGUUCCUCCUCAACUCGACCUCUCAUUCUAACAACAAGCAAUCGCGACUGGGCCGUUACUAAGCCGUUACUGGGCAAAAGUGGCCAUUUCAGCCAGAAAAAGGAGCCGACCACCUACCUGCAACUCGUUCAUCGCCUUCUCGGCCUGCUCUCGGGACUCGAAGGUGACGAAGCCGACCGGCUGCAAUGCCGACGCCCAGGCGAGAGAGUUCGCGGAAUCGGUGGGCGAAUGGAGCGAGAGCCGGAGCCGUCGGAGGUACCGGGUUGGGGGGGCAAAGGACAGGAAAGGGGUAGGGCAAAAAAGGAAAUGUUGGCAAUCAGUUCAACUUUAGCAAGCAUUUUGCGACCCGAUACAGCAGCAGCCCCUGGUCUGGGGGCUGUUGGCGAUCCGCGACUCGCGAAACCCUGA